AUUCGAAUGUCUGCGGCGUGCGUUGGCGAUUGAUGUUUACUCUUCGCGUUUACUAACCAUCUUUACUCAACAGCUGGAUGGCGCAAUGCUUGUCCUGAAGAGCUACCAUAUAUAUAGACCGGGAAAGUGCCAUGGCCUUCUACUGAAACACAGUUCAAACAAGUAUCCCCAGUUGAAUGGGACUAUCCCCCUUCAAGCCUCUCUCUAGACUUCCUUUCGCAAUUGCCGGUCCACAAGCCCGCAGAAUGGCAUCCAACAUGAUCGAGUAUUCAAUCGCUGGAAAGUCGGGCUCAAUCAAGGCGACUCGGCGCGUUGUGCCCAUUCCGUAAGUCCUGUUGCCAAGGGCUCCUUCCAUCCGGCCGGUGGUAUAGACUAGACACUCAUCCAUUGCGGCGACAGCACGCCCGGCCAAAACGAAGUCCUGAUCCGACUCAUCGCCACAGACUCGAAUCCCAAGGACUGGAAGGUAUCUUUGUCCCACACCUAGCACAACCGCGAGCACUCACUAAAAUCUGCGUAGGCCUCCCGCAACCACCCACAGGGCCAGGGCAUAAACCAAGGCGACGACAUAUCCGGGAUCGUCGAAGCAGUCGGGCCCUCUGUCCACGAAUACGUCCCCGGUGACCGCGUCGCCGCAUUCCACCGCAUGUUCCAGCCUCAUGGCUCCUACGCGCAGUACGCCAUCGCCCCUGCCUCGACGACAUUCCGACUCCCACCGAAUAUCUCCUUCGAAGCCGGCGCGACGCUUCCGCUAGCGAGUAUGACGUCUGCGCUUGCGCUGUAUCAGAAUCUGGGUCUCCCACUCCCCUGGAAUCCCGCGAGGACCGAGACGCCUGUUCUGAUCUACGGCGGCGCGUCCGCCGUGGGUGCGUACGCGCUGAAAUUCGCGAAACUGAGCGGUCUCUCGCCGAUCAUCACCGUUGCCGGGAACGGGGUUGAGUUUGUCAAGUCGCUCGAUGCCGCGGAUCACAUUAUCGACUAUCGGAAUGGGAAUGUCGUCGAGGGGAUCCUGAAGGCACUCGACGGCCGCAAACUCCACCACGCCUUUGACGCCGUCUCGUAUAACCGCAGCUACGAGGAUAUCGUCGCCGUCCUGCAAGCUUCGGGCGGCGGUCAGAUCGACAUGGUUGAUCCGCCCAGCGACGAUAGUGCGAAUCCCGAGCGUGCGGCGUGGGUGUGGCCUGAGGGGAUCAAGUUCACGCGGACGUUCGUGUCGAGUGCAUACGGGGCUCCACACAAGUAUCGGAAUGAGAAGGAGGCCGCGGAGGACGGCGAGUUCGCGUAUGUCUUUUAUCGAUAUAUCAGCCGGCUACUUGCGGAGGGCAAACUGGAGCCGCAUCCGUACGAGGUGAGGCCGAAUGGGUUGGAGGGUGUCGCGGAGGGGAUCCAGUUGCUCUUUGAUCGUAAGGUUUCGGCGAAGAAGCUGGUUUAUCGGUGAGUUUUAUGCUAUGGCUGCUUCUUCUGUGUUGUUGCUGAUGGUUUGACAGGAUCGCGGAUACCCCGGAUCUGCUCUGAGAGUUCUGUCGAGGCUCUCUUGUGAGAUUAUAGCGUGUGUAGUCCGCUCUCUGGUGACAUAGGCCUAGCUAGACUCUUAGUACGUAGUAAUAAGUACAAACCUUUGAGAUUUAGCCAUCUUUGAUAAUGACCACACUGUAUACUUCGUGUUACGUCGCCUAGGUGCCUGACCUCUCGCGCAUAACGGAUUAUCAGGUGUCAGCCUGGCGCUACCGUGCUGGCACUCCUGAUUCAGUCAAGGCACAGGCCUUACUUCGUGGGAGAAUAAAGAAUUUCCAGCUCUGUCUAGCGUAGCCUACUUCAUUAGCCUCAGAUCGCAACACCA